AUAAACAGUGUUGAUGAUUCAACAUCUUCCCAUUUUCUUCGCAUUUAAGAAUUAACUUUCUUAACGGAACGAUGAACAAAGUGGACGCGAUUUUUUGGUGUUUGUGCAUCGCGAUUAUGUAUCAAACGUUGACGCGCGCCGACCGCGCCGCCAAGGAUUCGGGCAACGCUCUGAGAAUCGACAUUUCCCGAGGAAUCGCCGUCUACGUGACGAAUAACGAAGCGACCGUGAGGCUGAGCAUGUCGUCUUUGUUCGAAAGGGACGAUCCAGAGGAACGAAAAUUCGGAAUAAUGAGGUUGAAAAAGAAAAUUAUAAAAGGAAUCGGUAUGGCGAUGAUGAUGGUCCCUUUGAUGAUACAGUUAGCAUGGCUACCGGUCACCCUCUCCUCCAUCAAAUUGAGUUUAAUCCGGAGCUUGGUCGUAGGGAAAAUCGCGUUGGCAAUAAUGCUGUACAACACGCUGAGGAAUUCCAAGAAGUCGGAAACGAUAGUGAUCCACAAACCUGAAUAUCACCAACACUAUUACGAAACUUAUCACGAGCCGGAAGCGGAUAACAGUUGGUGGGGAAGAGGAAGGAGAUGGCACUUUUCCAAAUAGAAUUAUAUCCUCAAAUAAUCGUGUUUAGUUAG